AUGUGGUCGUCAGCCCAGAGCGCGCGCCUUCACUCGACUCUGGAGGGCCAGAUAUACAUCUCUAGAAGCCUUCCAACUAUGUCGAUGCAACCUGGACAGUUACGACGUGAACAGCCUAUACAACCUUCUUCGAUUCAGAAGAUGUUAGAUGAGAACGUCCGACUAAUACAUAGUCUUAUGGCACAUCAAAGAGUUGGAGCCGUUAAAGAAGCAGCGGAACUAGAACGUGUUUUACAUCGUAAUCUUAUAUAUUUAGCUACAAUAGCUGAUCGUACAGCAGUACAACCUGCAGUUGGACCACCAGUUCCCUCUGGUUUGAAUCAGGCAAAUCAAAUCCAAGACUCGGCACCAAAUUAUCCAUUAUCUGCAGUUAAUGCAUCACCAGAUUUGUCUCAGUCGUCUGUUUUUGGACAACCUCAUCAAAUUGCAGUUAAUUCAUCGGUUCAACAUCCAAUACCUAUGCCAGUAGGUCCUACAGCAAUAUCUACAGUUGGGAAUCCUAUUAUGUAUCAGCAGUAUCUUGUUUCUUCUGCUUCCCAUGUUCCGAAUAAUUUACAAGUUACAGCACAAAAUCACAUGACAAUAGGAGGCUCUGGUCAGUUUCAACAACAUGAACGUGUGAUACAACAUUCCGAUGGACAAGUUCCACCUGUUGAAUCGAAUGGCACUAUUUCACCCAAUUCAUUAGCGAUGGUUUCCUCAUGAUUUACGUGUAUUGAAAACAAGUAAGUUAUUUAAAAAAUAGUUUGCUAGCUAUUUCUUUUGUAUGUAUUCACAACCUAAAUAUGUGAACGUAUUCCUGACUGUUGAUCUACAGUACAUUUUUUUGUCGAAUACAAACGGGACAUAGAUUUUUACAUCAUAAUAUGUUAUUUCUAUUUAACAGACCUCUCAACAAUGCUAGAUAG